GGUCGUGGAUAGGUCCCGGCUUAGGUCCCGGUUUGGUCCCGGUUAAGCCCGGGCUCAGGUCCCAGCUCCUGGAGUCACAAGGCCGGUAGGCAGGGGUCCCCAGCCGGCGAGCCGCAUGGAGCCCCGCGCCGGGGACGGCUGCUUUCUGGGAGAUGUGGGAUUCUGGGUGGAGCGUACCCCUGUGCAUGAGGCAGCUCAGCGGGGUGAGAGCCUACAGCUUCAGCAGCUGAUUGAGAGUGGAGCAUGUGUUAAUCAGGUCACCGUGGACUCCAUCACACCCCUUCAUGCGGCGAGUCUGCAGGGCCAGGCCCAGUGUGUGCAACUGCUGCUGGCAGCUGGUGCCCAGGUGGAUGCACGCAACAUUGAUGGCAGCACCCCUCUUUGUGAUGCCUGUGCCUCAGGCAGCAUCGAGUGUGUGAAGCUCUUGCUGUCCUAUGGGGCGAAGGUCAACCCUCCUUUGUACACUGCAUCUCCGCUACAUGAGGCCUGCAUGAGUGGGAGUUCUGAAUGUGUGAGGCUUCUUAUUGACGUUGGGGCCAACCUGGAAGCUCACGAUUGCCAUUUCGGGACCCCUCUACAUGUUGCCUGUGCACGAGAGCAUUUGGACUGUGUCAAAGUUUUGCUCAAUGCAGGGGCCAAUGUAAAUGCAGCUAAACUUCACGAGACCGCCCUUCAUCAUGCAGCCAAGGUAAAGAACGUCGACCUCAUCGAGAUGCUCAUAGAGUUUGGAGGCAACAUCUACGCCCGGGACAACCGGGGGAAGAAGCCCUCGGACUACACGUGGAGCAGCAGCGCCCCGGCCAAGUGCUUUGAGUACUAUGAAAAGACACCUCUUACCCUCUCACAGCUCUGCAGGGUGAGCUUGAGGAAGGCCACUGGCGUUCGAGGGCUAGAGAAAGUCGCCAAGUUAAACAUCCCUCCACGGCUCAUCGACUACCUUUCCUACAACUGAGCUGCAAGCAGGAGCUGGAAAGGCUGGUGACUUGCCUGGCUAUCACCUUGUUGUGCCUAGCCGUAGGCCCUAAAGAGUUCUGCCCAUUGCUAUGAAACACUUUUGUUGCUGUAGAUAGAUUGAUGCUCCUCCGCUCCUCCGUUUCUUUAUGGCUGUCCUUUUUGAUGUCUCCUUCUGAAUCCUGGAGAAGAUCUAGGAAGCACCAGGUGGCCAGUGUCUGACAUCACAGUUGUGGAUGUAACCCUUAGUUUUCUUCUGGAACUAAUGCUGUCAUUCUAGGCUGGGCUCAGUUCUCUAGGUUUCCUCUUGUCAGCAACCUCCCUCUAAGGCACUGAAGACAGACAGUUGGAGGUGCACAAGAAAUACUUGGGACUCAGGGCACUGAUGUUGAUUUUCCUAUAUCUGGGUGCCAUGCCACAGAGCAUCAGGUUCUAAGCACCUGACCCUGUGGCCUGGGAUGACCAUGCUGCUGGGAUCUUGCCACUCAGACAGUCUUCUGGGGCAGCAGUCGGCACUUUGCAAGGUCUAGCUGCAUCCAGGUUUAUCACUCAGGGGCUUUACAGAUCUGAGUGGGGAAGGCAGGCUUUGUACCCCAACAUCUACCAGUGUUUCGUGGAAUGAUUGUCUCCAAUAUUAGGACUCAACUCUUUAAAAAAGUUUAUGUUGGGGGCUAGAGAGAUAGCUCAGGACCAGAGUUCAGUUCCCAGCACCCACAUCAGGCAGCUCACAAGGGCCUGUUACUUCAGCUCCAGGGGAUCCGACACCCUUUUCUGACCUCAUCAAGUAU